AUGGAUAAUAAUGUGAAUAGUUUAUAGGUUGUAGAGCAAUAGUCUUCUUAGAAAAUCAAUUAGAGCAAUAUCAAAAGCAUUUAGAUAGAUUAUAAUUCUUUGCUAAAAUAUACAACAACUUGCGAUUUGCAGAAGAAUGAAAUUGAUACUCUAAUGAAGAUGUUCAAACGUAUGGAUUAUAACAAGGUUGGAUUCUUAACUUACCACGACACGAUGGAUUUGUUAAAGGAAUUUGGUUUUGAAAUAAAUCAAAAUUGCAAGGAGAAGAUCUUCAAGGAAAUUGAGGACAGAAAUACAGCAAAACUUGAUUUUCAAACUUUAUUGUAUAUCACCAGAGUUUGCAAGGACUUUGAGAACAAAGUCAAGGAGAAUGAGGAAUAAAUAUAAUAUAGUGAAUUUAUUGAUGCAUUUGUGGCACUGGGAGGCGAACCUGAUGCGAGUGGAUAUGUGCAUAAAAAUAAAAUAAUCGAAAUAUUGUCGGUCGAAUUCGAUUUGAAUUUCGAUAUCGAUGAAUUAUUGGAAUAAUUAGAAGUUUCAAAUGAGAGUUUGGAUUUCGAUACAUUUAGAUAGCUGUUUAGAGCAGAAAACAAAAAGUCAAUAAAGAGGAACAGCAGUUUAUUAUCACUUCUAUCCCAUCGAUCCAUGACUCAAAGAUCAACAUCUAGUAUUUCGACUGUGAAAAUUAGAAUGAAGGACUUUGAGAGAUUUCUGGAAAAGCUUUAACAAGAGGACAACGAAAAUGCUGGUUCUCCUUCUCCAAAAAAAUGA